AUGAGUCGAAAAGUGCAGCAUGUAACAACCAAUAACUAUCUUGUACCAUGCUUUAUACUCUUGGAUUGUGUUCUUCUGGCAGCAUUUAUUGUUCUUUGGUAUUUUGUUGAGUUUACUGACCUAUUAAAUGUCACUGAACAAGGGUUUAUGUGUCAUGACAAGAAUCUGAUGAAACCGUUCAUCAAAGAUGAAGAUUUGCACAUUCCUAAGUUGAUGGUGUACAUCAUGUCUUUUCUACUACCUUUUUUUGUGAUUGUAUUUGGGGAGUCCAGCCUAGCUGUAUACCAACUGAAAUCUAAAGAUUCUGAUAAAGAAGAAAAAAUUGUGAAAUCUUGUGGCUGUAACAUUCAUCCACAAAUUAGAAGAACAUUACGAUUCAUAGGAAUGUUUACAUUUGGUGGAUUUCUAACAUGGAUAUUGAAUGAUGUUGGGCAGUUAAUGAGUGGUAAACUUACGCCAUAUUUUUUAACAGUGUGUCAACCAAAUUACACAGUCAUAGACUGUACACAAUUUGUCACUGCUAAAUCAGCAUGUACAGGAAAUACUGAUGAAAUAUAUCAAGCAAGACUGUCUUUCCCAUCACUGUAUUCAUCUCUGAGUAUGUACUCUGCUAUGUUCAUUGCUCUGUAUAUGCAGUCUUUAUUGAAAAUCACUGGAUCACGUUUACUCACUCCUUUCUUGUGUAUUGGAGCUAUCACGUUGGCAUACCUUUGUGGUCUGUCUGAGAUACAACAAUAUCGUCACCAUGCUGUUGACGUCAUAUUCGGAUUUUUGCUUGGAGCCAUUAUAGCAUUAUAUUUGUGUAUUGUUGUUUUGAAUAACUUUAAACCAAGACAACAUGAAUAUUGUGAAGAAAGCCCAGAAGGUAUUAGUGUUGUCACAUUACCAAGAGCUAAGUUGUUUCCACAGAAUGGAAACAGUAUAUCCUCACAUUACAAACCAGAUCCACUUGUCUUUCCUAAUCCUGCAUAUCUUGAAGAUGGUGUUUAUAAUCCAGGAUUUCCAUACCAAAGAUAGAAGACGAUGUAAUCCACAGUGUAAGGAGACCCAUCAUUUUUGACACUGCAUUUGUUUAUGUUUUGCCAAAAACAAACGUUUUCUGACUUAUUAAAAAAUGUGUUGAUAAUAAUUUGUAUAUAUUAUAGAUUGAAACUAACUUAUUCUAGUACUUCCAAAGAUUAUAUAUGUUUCUGUGUUUUUCUGACCAGAAUUGGCAACAUAACAGCAUUAAGGACCAAUUACUGCUAGUCUACCAGAUAUUUUUGAUAUAGGUUGUCAUAUUUAUACUGUGUUGGUGUAGUUUUAAAAAGUAAAAGAUUUUUUGUUUUACUAUAUUUAGUCUCAUUUCUUGGUUUUGUAUUGUAUGAUUUAUAGUCUAAAAUAUUAACAAAUUUGGUUUGUUUCCUCAAAACCAAAUAAAUUAUUAUUAUUUUUUACCUUGUUUAUUAUGUCACAAUUAUGUCGAAAAAUGUGUAAUCUGACUGUCACAUAACAGUCAUGAUGCAACUGUUUUGAACAAUUACGACCAGAUAUUUGCGAGUCCUUAUGAUUGAUUAAAAAAUACUAGAAAGUAUGUCAUCAAAUAUUUUCACAAAUUUGUCUCAAAUAUAUAAUCAAAUGUCACAGUUCACAGUUAUGUCAUAUUUCACAAAUUUGAUUUGAGCAGAAUUGGUUGCAUCAACCUCUGAUAUGCCUUGAUAUUCUCAUCACCUUUGGACAUAUAAUUAGUAGUAUUCUUGUAUAACCGACUCAAAGACAAUAAUUUCUGUAGUCCAAUGUUUUUUUUUUACUAUAACAAUUUAAUUUUAAAUCAGUAACUAUGCUAUUUGGCAGUUUUAAUAUUUUGUUAGAGAAUUUACCUCUGCAAACAAAAAGACAAGAUUGUGUAUAUCCAAAUUAACUGCAAGAAAAGUGUUGAUAUAUUUGGAAAAUUAUCAUAUCUUUUACAUAGUAUCCAUUUGAUAUCUAUUUGUGCAUAAUGUAUAUGCAUUAAAUUUGAUGUAAAUUUUCCUAAUUAAUAUCCAUGAUUCUGUGAUAUUCAGCGGUGAUUUUGUUUCCCAUUUUAAAAAAGUUGAAUUGUGAAUGUAUUAUGUAUAAUUCUUAUUUUAAAUAGAAGAGUAUUUUA